AUGGCGUCCGAAGCCACCUCCAGCCGUCGGUUGAAUAUCGACAACAUCAACCCCCAUGUGCGGGCCGCCAAAUACGCCGUGCGCGGUGAGCUGGCCGUCAAGUCCGAGGAGUAUCGCGCCCGGCUGGCCCAGGGCGCCACCGACCUGCCCUUCGACACCGUCAUCUCGGCCAACAUCGGCAACCCCCAGCAGCUUGACCAGAAGCCCAUUACCUUCUUCCGCCAGGUCCUGAGCAUCCUUGAAAACCCCGGCCUGCUGGAGAAGAAGGAUGUGCUCAUCGAGCACCUCGGCUACAAGACCGAUGUCAUUGAGCGCGCGGAGUGGCUGCUCAAGGAGGUCGGCUCUGUUGGUGCCUACAGUGCCAGCAAUGGCGUCCCGGCUAUCCGUAAGAGCGUUGCCGAGUUCCUUGAGAGGCGUGAUGGCUUUCCCGCCAACUGGCAGGACAUCUACCUCUCGGCCGGUGCCUCUUCGGCCGUCAACACCCUCCUUCACAUCAUCUGUGCCGACAAGAACACGGGUGUGCUGGUCCCCAUUCCACAGUACCCGCUGUACACGGCCUCACUCUCGGUUCUCGAUGCCCAGUGCGUGCCGUACUACCUGAACGAGUCGACCAACUGGGGCACCGACCUCAACGUGCUCAAGGAGGCCUGCGAGAAGGCUAAGGCCGAGGGUGUUGACGUUCGUGCCGUUGUCAUCAUCAACCCUGGUAACCCGACGGGCGCCUCCCUCCCCGAGUCUGACAUCCGGGCCGUGAUCGAGUUCGCGCGCCAGGAGCGCCUCGUGAUCAUCGCCGACGAAGUAUACCAGACCAAUGUUUUUAUCGGCGAAUUCAUCUCCUUUAAGAAGAUGCUGCGCCAGAUGCAAAAGGAGCAGCCCGGUGUCUACGAUAACAUCGAGCUCGCCUCGCUGCAUUCCGUCUCCAAGGGUAUGGUCGGCGAGUGCGGCCACCGCGGUGGCUACUUCGAGCUGGUGGGCUUCGACCCCGCCGUGCAGCAGGAGAUCUACAAGUUUGUCUCCAUCAUGUUGUGCGCCCCUGUCAUCGGCCAGUGCUUGGUCGAGCUCAUGGUCAACCCGCCCAAGCCGGGUGAGCCCAGUUACGACCUCUACCGCGCCGAGUACGACGCCAUCUUCAACGGCCUGCGCGAGCGCGCCAACGCCCUGCAUGCCGCCUUCGAGCAGAUGGAAGGUGUUGAGUGCGGCGUGCCCCAGGGCUCCAUGUACCUCUUCCCGCGCAUCAAGCUGCCGGCCAAGGCGUGUGAGGCGGCUGCUGCGGAGGGCCGGACCCCCGACGAGUUCUACUGCAUGCGCAUGCUCGAGGCUACGGGUGUGUGCGUCGUGCCGGGCUCGGGCUUCGGCCAGGAGCCGGGUACCCUCCACUUCCGGACUACCUUCCUUGCUCCGGGUACUGAGUGGGUUGGCCGGAUUGUCAAGUUCCACCAGGAGUUUAUGGACAAGUACCGGGAUUAA